AUGCCCAGCCGGCCAGUGCGGCAACAAUGGUAUGAAGUCCGCCGCAACCCAACCUCCGCCGUCGUGGGAGUUAUCACGACUCGGAUACGCGCUUUCUAUGGGCAUCAAGGCUUCCUAUGCCUUGAGCACGGAAUAAGUCAGGAUGGGAAUCUGGAGGAGUUUGCGACAGAGGGCGGAGACCGCAAGGAUGUGUUUUUCUACCAGAGUGAUGAUACCCGAUAUAUCCCCCGAGCGAUCCUGCUGGACCUAGAACCCAGAGUACUCCAUUCUAUACAGAGCGGGCCAUACAAGAAUAUCUACAACCCGGAGAACUUCUUCAUCGGUCAACAAGGAAUCGGCGCAGGAAACAACUGGGGUGCCGGUUAUGCUGCGGGUGAAGUGGUACAGGAAGAGGUCUUUGACAUGAUCGAUCGAGAAGCGGAUGGCAGUGAUUCUCUGGAGGGCUUCAUGUUCCUACAUUCGAUUGCAGGCGGAACCGGUUCGGGACUCGGGAGUUUCAUUCUGGAGCGGAUGAACGAUCGUUUCCCAAAAAAGCUGAUCCAGACGUACUCUGUCUUUCCUGAUACCCAAUCCGCGGAUGUCGUGGUCAACCCGUACAACAGUUUGCUAGCCAUGAGAAGAUUGACACAAAAUGCCGACUCAGUGGUUGUUCUGGACAACGGCGCCCUUUCGAGAAUCGUUGCAGACAGACUCCAUGUGCAAGAACCUUCGUUCCAACAGACUAAUCAACUUGUGAGUUCUGCUGAACCGUACAACCUCCUUAUCGUACCGGUGACUAACUGUCGGAAGGUUUCCACCGUCAUGUCAGCCUCUACCACCACCCUCCGCUACCCCGGUUAUAUGCACAAUGACCUCGUUGGGAUCAUCGCCUCCCUUAUUCCUACGCCCCGCAGUCACUUCCUGAUCACAUCGUACACGCCUUUCACCGGUGAUAAUGUGGAACAAGCCAAGACGGUCCGAAAGACAACCGUUCUGGAUGUGAUGCGUCGCCUACUGCAGCCGAAGAACCGCAUGGUUUCGAUCAACCCCAGCAAAUCCAGCUGCUACAUGAGCAUCCUCAACAUCAUCCAGGGUGAAGCCGAUCCGACCGACGUACACAAGUCUCUGCUGCGGAUCCGCGAGCGACGCUUGGCAUCCUUCAUCCCCUGGGGCCCGGCCAGUAUCCAAGUGGCGCUCACCAAGAAGUCUCCCUACAUACAGAACACGCACCGUGUCAGCGGGCUGAUGCUAGCGAAUCACACGUCUGUUGCGACUCUCUUCAAGCGGAUCGUUUCACAGUACGACCGCCUGCGCAAGCGCAAUGCCUUCCUGGAGCAGUAUAAGAAGGAGAGCCCCUUUACGGACGGACUGGGGGAGUUUGACGAAGCGCGAUCCGUGGUGAUGGACCUUGUUAAUGAGUACGAGGCGGCCGAGAAGGAAGACUACUUGGAUCCAGGCGCCGGCCAGGAGAAGGAGAUGGGGCUGUAA